CCGCGCAUCAGCUGGGAGGGGUCAGUGGAGGAGGCGGAGAACGUGUGUGUGUGUUUAUGUGCGCGCAUUUUCGUGCACUCUAGCUGUCAUUGUCUCAGUCUACGUGCUCAGGGAGCAAGCGUGUGCAGGAUAACACGAGGCCCCAGCGGCCACACGUGCCCUUGUUAGUACAGGGCAUCCCUGGAAGCAAAGCAGAACGAGAGGCAGGUCUCCAUCUGUCACUCUCAGGCUCUGAAAGCAGGAGGACAGGCUGCUCGACUCUCGUUCAGACCUGGUGUACCGGCCUCAGGGUCCUGUGCCUCCCCUCUGCCCCUCGCAGAGCACAGAAAGACGCAAAGAGAUUACAGGAAAGCUGGCAGAAAUAGAGAAAAUACCCUGGACUCUUUGAUAUCUAGUUUGUCUCCAUCAUCCAUGAUGCCAAGUGAGAUUGGGAAGCUUCCAAUGUGAUGAGAGUGUGUCGGUGGGAAAUUUUGCAUCUUAAAAUACCGAAGUGGACUUUAUAAGGCAAUUUGAGCUUUUUUGCCUUUAUUGAUUGCUCUUGUAAGAAAAAUCGCACUGAGAAGCGCUCCACUAUGCCUGACUCACCUGCUGAUGUGAAAACACAGUCCAGGUUAACUCCGCCCACCAUGCCUCCUCCCCCCACCACACAGGGAGCUCCCAGGACCAGCUCCUUCACCCCCACUGCAUUAACGAAUGGCACCAGUCACUCUCCCACUGCACUGAAUGGAGCUCCAUCUUCACCCAAUGGUUUCAGUAACGGGCCUUCAUCAUCAUCUUCAUCCUCGUUGGCCAAUCAACAGCUGCCACCGGCCUGUGGUGCAAGGCAGCUCAGCAAGCUCAAACGCUUUCUCACGACACUACAGCAGUUCGGCAAUGACAUCUCACCUGAGAUAGGAGAACGAGUUCGUACCCUGGUGUUGGGGCUUGUGAACUCCACUUUAACUAUUGAGGAAUUCCACUCCAAACUGCAAGAAGCGACCAACUUCCCACUCCGACCUUUUGUCAUCCCCUUUCUGAAGGCCAACCUGCCACUACUGCAGAGGGAGCUGGUGCACUGUGCACGGCUGGCCAAGCAGAACCCUGCUCAGUAUCUCGCCCAACAUGAGCAACUCCUGCUGGACACAAGCACCACGUCACCUGUCGACUCGUCUGAACUCUUGAUGGAUGUCAACGAGAACGGCAAGAGAAGAACGCCUGACAGAACCAAAGAGAACGGCUUUGAGCGGGAGCCGCUCCAUCCCGAGCACCCCAACAAGAGGCCCUGCACUAUUAGCCCUGGCCAGCGCUUCAGCCCCUCCAACGGGCUGUCCUACCAGCCCAACGGCCUGCCGCACCCCACCCCGCCCCCUCCGCAGCACUACCGUCUGGAUGACAUGGCCGUCGCACACCACUAUAGAGAUUCCUACCGCCACCCCAACCACCGCGAGCUCCGCGACCGGCCUCGGCCGCUGGGGAUGCACGGCAGCACUCGCCAGGAGGAAGUCAUAGAUCACAGACUCACAGACAGAGAAUGGGCAGAAGAGUGGAAGCACCUUGACCAUGUAAGAAAACUCCUGAACUGCAUUAUGGAUAUGGUGGAGAAGACACGGCGCUCUCUGACUGUGUUGCGUAGGUGCCAGGAGGCUGACCGGGAGGAGCUCAACUACUGGAUCCGUCGUUACAGUGAUGCUGAAGAUAUUAAAAAGACCAGCAGCUCCAGCAGCAGUCAGUCCAGACAGCAGAGCCCCGCCAGUCAAGAAAGUAACACAUUAGAUAUCCAUAGGGAGCUCCUUCACAGGCCAGUGUCUGGAUACGUACCUGAAGAAAUCUGGAAGAAAGCCGAAGAGGCUGUGAAUGAGGUGAAGAGGCAGGCCAUGUCUGAGUUGCAGAAGGCCGUGUCAGAGGCCGAGCGCAAGGCCCACGAGAUGAUCAGCACUGAGCGAGCCAAGAUGGAGCGCACGGUGGCCGAGGCCAAGAGACAAGCAGCAGAGGACGCGCUGUCAGUCAUCAACCAGCAGGAGGACUCUAGUGAGAGCUGCUGGAAUUGCGGGCGCAAGGCGAGCGAGACAUGCAGCGGCUGCAACACGGCACGUUACUGCGGUUCCUUCUGCCAGCACAAGGACUGGGAAAAGCACCACCAUGUAUGUGGCCAGACUCUGCAGGCUCAGCAGCAGGGCGAGAACCCCGCCACUGUCAGCUCCUCGGCCACCCCCAGCAGCGGUGCCGGCAGCCCUGCGGACACACCAUCCGCCGCUACUCCUCGCUCGGCCACGCCCGGCACACCCUCCGCCAUAGAGACCACACCACGCUAGAGCUCAAGCGGGCCAUUCUUGAUGCCUCAGCCGACCGGGGACUGACUCACCUGCCUCACUCGCUCCAAAAUGCUAAAUCUAGCAUACUAACAAAGAGAGAAAACUGUACUUAGGGCGAUUGCCCACAGGAGGUCCAUUUCAGGUCAUAUUGACUUGCCAUGAUAGAGAAUGCAAAGAUAUUCUUUGUUUGAAAUUCUCAUUGUUCUUUAUUGUUACUACAGCUAUUAUCGAUUACUGUUGAUAAUGUCGUUUAUUGUUGUUAUGGCUCUCUUACAUUCUUGUAAAUAAGAAGACAAAUGGAGUAGACAGCCGGGACCUCUCGAUGAGUAUAUUUGACCUCCCCUUUGUUCAGUUUUUUUUUGUGUGUUUUUUUCCUCCUUCGUUCUGUUCUCAAAGCUCUUUAUCCAGUAGCUGGGAUAUGAAACUAUUUGACCUCAUUAAAAGACACUUUAAAUGACAAAAACCAAGGAAAUAUUUCAUAGCUGAUAAAAGCAAAGACUAAGAAUAUUAUUAAGACAAAAAGACAGCGUUCCUUGUAAAGAAGUCAACAUGACGUUGAGGAAAAAACAUGCCAUGGACAGCAUCUGUGUCAGAAGUGGUGGAGUAGACGGCGGACAGCGUUUCUGGCCCGCGCGCUGAACUCUGCAGAUGUGCAGCAGAUUGUGAAAGAGCACAGAUGUUCGUCCCUCUUCUGCAAGAUAAUAUCCAGGUCAGUGGUCUGAGAAAUAAAAAGCUGUUUCAGUGAGGAAUGUAGGGGCGAGGAGGGCCCGUGCUGGAUGUUGAGUACCGCACGGCGUAAUGAAGGAUGCGCUCUGAGCCCUAAUCCCAAAUGCACUCCAUUUGCUCCCAAAACAGGAAGUGAAGUCAAGGACCCACCAGAACAGGACUGUCAAAACCUCACAGUGACAGCCGCCGGGAAACAAAGGGCUGAGAAAUUACCCAGAAAUCCUAGGCUGUUGGAGCCAGCCCAGAGCCCUCUCCUGUCCUGCCUAUCUCGAAUCCCACCAUCAGUCCUCGUUCUGCUUCUUUUUGCCCUUCUAGAUCUCAUCGUGUUAAACACUUGUGUCCUGUGCCGUCUCCAAUGGUUAUUUAUUGUACAUGUGCUGGACAAUUGUGAUGACGCAUUAAUAGUUUAAACCACAGUCACAACUUUUUAGUCUUUCUAGGUGCAAAAAGGAAGAACAUAUUUUCUCUUUUUUUCUUUUUCUCUCUCUCUCUCUCUCGCUCUCUCUCUCGCUGUCUCUCUCUGGCAAGCUGCUUUUCUAUUCGUAUGUGUUUGUGCUAGUCCCCUUGUAGUUCUCUAAGAAGAAAAAACACUUUUCCAAUUGUCCUCGAAAGACAGACGCUGUCUCUCAGAGCUGCUACUUCAGUCUCAUUCAGAUGUUUUUCUAAGAACUAGCAUGUUACAUGGAAUGCUAACAUAAAUGUUUUUGUACAUGGGACGUACAUAAAUGUAUUUGCACUGUCACGGUUUCUCUCAGCAUGCUUAUUUUGGCAGGGUUUUUUUUUUUUCAAAUGGAGCCUCACUUCAUAGGUUAUCUUUGGAGUGCUUUGUUUCAUAUCUGUGAUUUUCUUUUCUUGUUAAAAAAUGUAGAAAAAUCUAUGAAAAAAAUAGAAAAAAGAAAAUAGAAAAAAAGAAAACAGAAGUAUCACAAUCUGCUUUUGUUAAGAUUUUUUUUCUGAACAUUUUGCUUUGAAUAGUUAAGGACAGUGCAUGCAUAUGCAUACUGAACGCUAUGGUAUAUGUUGUUUUUGUUUUCUACAAAAAAAGGAAAAGAUGUACAAAAAAGACACUAAGAAACUAACUUUCCAAAUGCAGAGGUGAAAAACAGACAGCUUUAACACUGCAGAGCACCAGGAUACACAGUAUUACAAAAGAAUUGUCAUGGAAGACAGCCAAAGACAGACAUGAAGGACCAAAACCUGAUUU